AUGGACGACCCGAUUGAGAUGAUCAGAGUUCUACAACAAAAGAUGGACGAGAUGCAACAACGUCAUGAAGAUGACUUGGCGGCGGUAAAGGCCGACUGUGAAGCCCGGAUAAGCCGGGAGAUUGCCGGGAAGGACGGGGACGAGCGGGCGAAGGAGAAGGGGAAGGCGGCCGAGGAGGAACGUUCGAAACAGAAUACUGGACGCGACGAGACCUGGAGGCCGACCGGUACCGAGGCCGAAGGUAGUAAGGCCAAGUCAGUGCACGCGGAGAGCGCGGUUGAGGAUAGGCGGAUGGUGGUCAAGCCGGAGCCUUCCUCCACGCUAUUGCUCCCCUUCGCCCAAAACAUAAUGGAUGUUCAAAUUUCUGAACCGUUCAUUGCACCGCAAUUCAAAAUGUAUGAUGGGACCACCGAUCCUGAGGCCCACAUCAAAACCUUCUCGAACGCGAUGGCGUUCAGAACGGGCAACGACGCCAUCUGGUGUCGGGCGUUCUCGUUGUCUUUGGAAGACGAGGCCCUCGAAUGGUUCAACACCCUGCCUCCCAAUUCCAUAGAAAAUUUCGCCGGACUAAAGCAGCUAUUUAUCCGGCAAUUCGCGGCUAACAGCACACAGGACUUGACCGUGUUUGAGUUGGUCACCCUGAAGCAGGGAAAGGAAGAAACGCUGAGAGCGUUCAUGGACCGGUACCAGAAAACCGUACGGCGAGUGAAGGCAUUAAGUCCGGAGCUCGCCCUCCAUUAUAUCCUGCCCGCUCUCAAGCCCGGACCGUUCAAAGACAGCGUCUGUCGGCGAGCCCCUAAGACUAUGGAGGAGUUGAGGGAACGCGCGGCAGAUGAGAUAAGGGUUGAGGAGAUGAAAUUAUCCUACAAAAAGGAAAGCCAGGAGCUUAGGAGCGAGAAGGCGGACGGGGGGAAACCCGGUAAUUCGAUAGGAAAACCGGGCGGCAGCAGGCAGAAAGAACCGCGCCGAGGGCCCCGUUUCCAGCAAUACACCCCUCUGAACGCCCCCCGAGAAAAGAUCCUCCGGGAGGUGCUCAACGCGGAUCUGCUCCCAGAACCUAUGAAGCGACCCACACCAUCCGAUGUGGAUGGAAGUAAACACUACGCCUACAACAAGAAUAUGGGUCACACAACCGAGGAGUGUGUGACCCUGAAGGAUAAAAUUGAAGAGCUGAUCUAG